AAGAGGAAGAUGAACACCGGCGAAACACGCAAGUUCGUGGACGAGGUGCGCGGCCUGGAGAAGAACUGGAUGCUCGACCUCGGCCACCCCCUCCUCAACCGCGUCGCCGACAGCUUCGUCAAGGCCGCCGGGAUCGGCGCGAUCCAGGCCGUCACACGGGACUCCUACUUCAUGGCCAUCGAAGGUGAGUCUGGGGUCACCGGAUCGGUGUCGGACGCAACUGGAACCAGGAAGCGAACGUUCCCGGACCUCAAGGGAGGUUCGAACAACAGUAAGUCAGCCGAGGCCAUGGUGAAAGGCGUGAGCAAAGAGUCCUUCCAGUGGGGGCUCGCGGCGGGGAUGCACUCCGGCCUCACCUACGGCCUCACGGAGGUGCGCGGGACGCACGACUGGAAGAACAGCGCGGUGGCGGGCGCCGUCACCGGCGCGGCGCUCGCGCUGACCUCGGACAACGCGUCGCACGAGCAGGUCGUGCAGUGCGCCAUCACCGGCGCUGCGCUGUCCGCCGCCGCCAACGUGCUCUCGGACGUGCUCUGA